AAAUACUUAUUGAUCUGAGUAAAAGGAGCUCGAUUCCUUUUAAAUAAAGUCUUGAAUUUGAGUUUUGUGAAUGCACAAACAAGUGUUAAGAGAGUUUGUCCUCUUACAUGAUUUGAUGCGACUCGACUCUAAAUUAGUUUGUCUAACGUGGCUUCCAUUGUAAAAAAAAAAAAAAAAAAAUUGAAGUUACUAGAAGAGAUUGAUACAGCUCAUGAAAAUGAAGGGAGAUAUGAAGGAGAAGCUUUUAUCAUCAGAGAAUACUGACGCUGAGGAAGAGGAAUUCAAAGACAAGUUAUGGAACGAGAUCAAGAAGAUGUGGAUAGUUGCUGGUCCCGCUAUUUUCACCAGAUUUUCCACAUUUGGGGUUACUAUCAUCAGUCAGGCCUUUAUCGGUCACAUUGGCCCUGCAGAGCUAGCUGCCUAUUCAGUUGUGUUAACAGUGUUCGUGAGAUUUGGGAAUGGAGUGUUGGGUACUAGCUAUAGGAUGAAGAUUGGAGGCUGCAGAUCAGCUUUCAUCAGGAGUUUUGUGCUUUUAGGUAUGGCUACUGCAUUGGAAACACUUUGUGGUCAAGCAUAUGGAGCCAAACAAUAUCACAUGCUCGGAAUUUAUCUUCAACGAUCAUGGAUAGUUUUGUUUGCUACUGCAAUCUUACUUCUUCCUCUAUUCAUCUUCACUGCCCCAAUUAUGAGAGCUCUUGGCCAGCAUCCAAACAUUGUGGCUGUGGCAGGGGAUAUUUCUUACUGGUUUAUUGCAGUGUUGUUUGCCUUCCUUGUAUCCUUCACCUGCCAAAUAUUCCUACAAUCACAGAGCAAGAACAUGAUUAUUUCAUACUUGGCAGCUCUAACUCUUGCUAUUCAUCUCUUUCUUUCAUGGCUUCUGACUGUGAAAUUCAAGUUGGGACUCACAGGAGCAAUGACUUCGACAAUUUUAGCAUAUUGGAUACCGAAUGUGGGUCAGCUAAUGUUUGUUAUGUGUGGCGGGUGUAAGGAAACAUGGAAAGGUUUCUCAAUUUUAGCUUUCAAGGAUCUCUGGCCAGUGAUAAAGCUUUCUUUGUCAUCUGGCACCAUGCUUUGUCUUGAGAUCUGGUACAACACAAUCCUGGUUCUUCUGACAGGAAACCUGAAAAAUGCUGAGGUUUCCAUUGAUGCUCUUGCUAUCUGCCUGAAUAUUAAUGGCUGGGAAAUGAUGUUAUCUCUUGGUUUCUUAGCUGCAGCAAGUGUUAGGGUGUCAAAUGAGCUUGGAAGAGGAAGCUCAAAUGCUGCAAAGUUUUCAGUUGUGAUAACAGUUCUUACAUCAUUUUGCAUCGGACUUGUGCUAUUCAUUGUGUUCUUAUGCCUUAGAGGACAUCUAGCUUAUAUAUUCACCACAAGCCAUGAAGUGGCUAUGGCAGUUGCUGAUUUAUCUCCUUUGUUGGCAUUCUCCAUACUUCUAAACAGUGUUCAGCCAGUACUAUCCGGAGUUGCUGUUGGGGCUGGCUGGCAGAGCAUUGUAGCUUAUGUUAACAUAGCCUGCUACUACCUAAUUGGGAUUCCUGUUGGUGUCGUGCUUGGUUAUGUAUUCAGUAUGCAAGUUAAAGGUAUUUGGGUAGGAAUGUUGUUUGGAACAUUUGUUCAGACUGUUAUUCUUCUCAUUAUCACCUAUAAAACUGACUGGGAUAAACAGGUCGAGAUAGCUCGCGGACGUGUUAACAAGUGGUUCAUAGCAGAAACAAGAGAAGGAAAUGGCAAUGCACAAGAUGCAUGAUGCCAAUUCCCAAAGCAUGUCUUCUUUUUUUUCUUUAUUUCUUUUUUUUUGCCUUUUAUUGUUACUAUUGAUAGUUUGAUAGCAAUUCAUGGUUCCGUAUGUUAAAAGGGGUAGAAUGAGAGAGAACUUGCUGAAAUAAAAAGAUCGAGCUGCU